AAGAAGAAGAAAGCGCUUCGCUCUGCUGUCGACUCAUCGAGUCUUGAUAGCCGAACGUUCUCGACUUUUCCGGACUCGUCAGGUGCGUUGGUUUGUCGGUCGGUGUGCCUUGUUGGACAACGCGCUUUGACCAAACGUGCCGUUUAAAACACGCCUUAAUCGGAGGCUCAGGGUCGGAGCGACAGCGGCGCGUCAUGGCCGGUGAAGCUGUGGUCACCGUCCGUCUGGUCAGGUCCUUCCAGCACCGGAACUUCAAGCCUGUUGUGUUUCACGGCGUCAAUUUGGACCAGACGGUGCAGGACUUCAUACGGUUCGUCAGAGACGAUGUCGCAGAAAGGCCUGGACUUCCUCCUCCUUUCAGGAAACAUGCUUAUGACACGAUGAAGAUCAUCCACCAAGCGCAUGGAGCAAAGACUAACGAGUUGGUGAUGAGUUUAGAUGACGAUGAAAAGCUGAUUCUGCAAAACGGCCAAACGCUCAGAGCCGCCGGCGUCGCAAACGAAACAGAAGUGGCCUUCUUCAGGAAAGAAGACUACGGCCUCUACAAAGCAAAUCCCAAAACUGCUUGGUGACCGCAGCGUUUUACUUUACAGCAGAGGACAGAAGUCAGGAGGAAGGCAGGACAGUUUUAAUUUGUGUUUUUAAAAGUGAAGCCUUUUUUAUUUCUGUUUAUUAUUUUCUCUGCUGAUAGUUGUGAUCGUUUACCUUAACUCUGUUAUUUCAAAAUAUUCUGAAUAAAGAUUUUUGACCGCUGAA